AGGGAUUUGCUGUCUUACUGAUGAGUUAAAUCGCAGAACGUCACUGAAAUUAUCGGCUCGUAACCCACUUUCGGUAAAGGUAGAGGAAGCAAGUAGGCCUGGGUCACAGUAGAAGGCUGGAAAGUCGCUUGAAUCCGCACCACCAGCAAGAAUCUCAACCAAUUGAAACAGGCUUAACUUUCUAAUAUCCGUCAUCCGCUGGUUUCAUCGCUCUCAGCCUCAAAGCACUCACAUCGUUACAGUACCAUCGAUACUAUUGGAAGAACUAGAAGUAUGGCAUGGGCGUGGAAAACAUCAGCCAUAGAAAACACUCGCUUUGAAAUCAAAUAUACCCCAUACUUUUCUUCAAUUGGCCCUGUCUCUACUGCCUGUCCCACCUAUGAUCCCCGGGCUACCCGUAUCUGGGUGAAGAUCGAGUGCGACUACACAAGACGUAUCCUCGUCAAAGCCAUUGCCAAGCGGCAGUCCCGUUUAUGUGGUGUUAAAAAUCAAAAGGAUGCCUCCAUAUUAUGGGCAGACUACGAGGACCUGGAUUUCGACCGAGUCCUGGCAAGUGGGGGUAAAAUUAAAGCCAACUCGUACUUGGUCCGGAAAGGGCUAGCGCGGAAAGCUCAAUUAGCCUAUUAUCUACGCAAAUACAUGGCGAAAAGACCAAGGUCAAUACUGCAUGGAGCAAUCCCUGAGACCUUAGUCAUCGAAACUUGGGAAGCGUUUGAGGAAGGGAUGAGCUUUGGGGCGUUGGGUGCCACAUUUGACGGAAAUCUCACGGCGACACUCUCAUUACGGGAUCGAUUGGACUGGUGCCUUCGGGACGCGAGAGAAAGGAUUGCACGGUCUCCUGGCUCCACCUGGAUUCUUAAACCAAGCGUCACCAAUAAAGGCGCAGAAAUAACUGUUUUUAAGGACUACCAAAGCAUGAGGGACAUUGUACGGACAUGGCCUGACGUGCGUGAGUGGGUUUUGCAGGCAUACAUAGUCACUCCUCUUCUAUACCGUCGCAGAAAAUUCCAUCUGAGGUGUUAUGUUUUGGCAGUAGGAAAUCUUUCUGUAUACGUUUGGCGGCAAAUUUUAUUGCUCACCUCGACUGUGGAGUACGAUUCAGAGGAUCUUUGCAAUCAGCUAGCGCACGUAACCAACACCGCCCGACAAGUGGAAGACGGGGAGAUGUGCCCAGCGGCGGAGGAUUGUGUUUUCUCAUUGGAUGACUUGGUUGAUGAUUUGAGAACAAAGCAGCAUUUAAGUUUGGAGCAGGCGGGUGGAAUUGUCAGCGAUAUCCGCGGGGGGAUUGAAAAUGUGACGGGAGAGCUUUUCAAGGCUUUGCACGGGGAGCGGACAGUCUUUGCUCCAGUUCCUCAGUGCUUUGAGCUCCUGGGUCUUGACUUUUUGGUGUCUAUGGACCAAACAAGUUCAAAUGAAUCAGGUCUUCCACUUUUGACACCACAGGUUCAUCUACUAGAGGUGAAUCCAGGACCGGAUUUCAAGCAAACAGGGCCGCGUCUGAAGUCGGUGAUAGAGGGGCUGCUGGAGGCUACACUGGACGUGGCCGUCCUUGAAGACGAAGAAAUCAGCAAAGAUUUGGCAUUGGUAUACCAAUCCUUGCACCCGGAGAAUGGGGAGGUCGGGAUGCGCUUAUUAGACGGGUGACAGAGUGAAAGCUAACACAUUUCUUUCGGCAUCGAG